ACCUCUUCUUCUACCCCCGCUUCAUAUUCUUCUAUUCUUUCUCUGUCCCGUUCUCCCUAGUUCCACCUUUCUAUCCAAAAAAUGCAAGUUUCUUUUGCUUGCACCGAGCAGACCCUGCGAAGUAGGACCAGUGAGGACCGUUUAUGCCCCAAUCGCCCCUCGGGUGGGCAAAAUGGAGGAACGGGGAGCCAGGCCAAGCAACGCACACCCCCUUUGGGGACUAAGAACCCUAGCCAGGUGCUCCCCAUUCUCUCCCGCAUCUUGCGCGAGUCCACUGGAAAAGCUACAGGAAUGAAAUACAGGAAUUUGGGCAAAUCGGGACUUCGGGUUUCUUGUCUGGGACUCGGUACCUGGGUAACGUUUGGUUCGCAAAUCACGGAUGAGGUGGCAGAGAACCUCAUGAAUGUAGCCUACGAGCACGGAGUUAAUCUGUUCGAUACUGCAGAGGUGUACGCGGCCGGAAGAGCAGAGAGGACUCUGGGAAAUAUCCUUAAGAAGAAGGAAUGGAGACGUUCCAGUUACGUCGUGACCACAAAGAUCUACUGGGGAGGACAAGCAGAGACUGAGAGGGGACUGUCCCGGAAACAUAUCAUUGAAGGACUCAGAGGCUCCUUGGAGCGUCUUCAGCUGGAUUAUGUAGACAUUGUGUUUGCCAACCGUAUGGAUGCUAACAGUCCGAUGGAAGAAAUUGUUAGAGCCAUGACGUUUGUUAUCAACCAGGGGAUGGCUAUGUACUGGGGAACAUCACGCUGGAGUGCGAUGGAAAUUAUGGAAGCGUAUUCUGUCGCCCGUCAAUUUAAUCUAAUCCCACCCGUCUGCGAGCAGGCGGAGUAUCAUCUGUUCCAACGUGAAAAGGUGGAGACCCAGCUACCUGAACUGUAUCACAAGAUAGGUGUUGGCUCUAUGACGUGGUCUCCUUUGGCCUGUGGUCUAAUCACAGGGAAAUAUGCAGAGAGCGUUCCAGAAAAAUCCAGAGCAUCUUUUAAGGGUUACAAGUGGCUGAAAGAGAAAGCUGCAAGCGCAGAAGGCAAAAAGCAGCACUCCAAGGUGAAGGAACUUCAUCCCAUCGCUGAACGUCUUAACUGCACCGUCACACAACUGGCCAUCGCAUGGUGCCUGAGGAGCGAAGGGGUCAGCUCGGUGCUUCUGGGCGUUUCUAACUGUGACCAGCUACUGGAGAACCUCGGGUCAAUCCAGGUUUUGUCUCAGUUAACACCUCAGAUCGUAGCAGAAAUCGACCAGAUUCUCGGCAACAAACCCAGCAUAAAGAAGGAUUCCAGAGCGUGAGGUUUCACCAUCCGCGUUCGGGAACUUCCAACAAGUCUCCUUAUGCAGGAGAUAAAGGACAUAUCACGCUAGCCUGGUGCAUGCUCCCCCCCUCUGGCAGUGCUGAGAGAGCGGGAGGAGAACAUUUAACCAGCAAUAAGGGGACAAGUAUCGUCUGCCUGCUUAAUACUACGGGGUCAACACAUGCAUUUACUCAUGUCACCCUACAGACGGAGGGGCAGGAGUUUAACCCUUUUGUGUCCUUAUUGAUUAGGGGACAGGCUCCCGACACCCUUCCAUUCUGUACUGUGGGAGGGACAGGCUGAGUCGUGCUAAGGAGUUUGGACAAUAAUGGGUUUUCUCGAUAUCACCCAACCUCUGUUGGUGAGACCGAUUCUUACUGUUCCUUCCAUCCACAGCCAAGAGGGACAGCCUUGCUCCACUAUGGGAGGUUUAUAGUUUGUCAUUGGCUCCCACAGGGUAGGGGUAGAGAUGGAGCGCCUGCAAUGCCUUCUAGCACUCGCUGUUGAAGAACUGGCUGGUCGGUUCUAUGGUGGUCACAGCCAUCUUGUGGUCCCCCAUUUGUGCCUAAGGACAUCUGAGAUGUAAGUCAAGCCCAGGACAUGUUCCUAUAAUUUCACCCUACCCCACACCACACCACAAAAAAAAUGUCCACAGAGACCCAUAUCCCUUC